AAGGGUCUCAACUUCUCAGUGACUCCUAAAACGAUACCCACAGUAGACUAUAUCACAGCAGCUGAAUCGGCCAUCAGGAACAAUAACCUUUCUAGAACAGAGGCAGGGGACCUUCGUCUGAGAAUAUCGGCCCUUCUCAGUAGUGCUAAACCACCACCGUCCAAUAUCACGGUAGGUGAGAGGAAAGCAUUAGCGGCUCUGCAGAAAGAUGAGAGCAUCACCAUCUUACCAGCUGAUAAGGGCAGAUGCACAGUGGUUCUCAACACAUUGGACUAUGAAGAAAAAAUAGCAAGUCUAAUUAGUGAUGCCAACACAGAUGAGCAACUUAAAAGGGACCCAUCCAGUAGGUAUAAGAAAGAAUCAUAGACUGUCUCCAAAAGUUAGAGAAGGAAGAACUAAUUGACAGACAGAUGUAUCAUAGGUUAUACCCUGGGGAGGCUACACCAUGUAUCUAUGGCCUUCCAAAAAUUCACAAGGAAGGGUUUCCCCUCAGACCCAUUGUCUGUAGCAUUGACUCGACCACAUACAAUGUAGCUAAAUAUGUAAAAACAGUCUUAUCCCCAUUGGUAGGCAACACUGAUCAUCAUAUAGAGAACACAAAAGGGUUUGUGGCGAGUAUCAAAGACCUCAGAUUGGAGCCAGAGGAAACUUUGGUGUCUUAUGAUGUGACUUCACUUUUCACAUCUGUCCCCACCUCAGCAGCAGUCUCGGUGGUGAGGAAGAGACUGCUCGAGGACUCAACUCUGCAUCGGAGAACAAAACUUAGUGCUGACCACAUCUGCCAAUUAUUGGAAAUUUGCCUUAACACCACAUAUUUUCAGUUUAGAGGGAAAUUUUACAGACAAAUUCAUGGUUGAGCUAUGGGCUCACCAGUCUCACCCAUAGUGGCGAAUCUGUACAUGGAAGAGAUGGAGAAACAGGCUCUCACAUCCUUCUCAGGGACAAAACCAAGGCACUGGUUUAGAUACGUGGAUGACACCUUUGUCAUAAUCAAAAAACAAUCAAAUAAUGUUUUGUUAUUAGAAUAUCAAAACAUUCGUUAUUCUAAUAUUAUUUCUGCUCUUUUAUGAAUGUUAAUCAUGUUAAACUAUUAUUAUUAUCAUUAACUAUUAUUUUCUACCCGUUUGCAGACAAAGUUUUGUAAAUAAAGUUGCACUCAGGAAAAAAGCAACCAUGGCAACAAAGUGGAAACAAAAAUGCAGGCUGGUGGUUCCAUCCCAGCAGAACACCACAAACCUUCCAUUUGGGAUCUAUUUGGGGACUCAGCUUUUUCAGCCAGCCUGCAGAAGGUUGUGAGUCCUUCCAACAGAACCUUUUUACUGGAGCAAGUGAACAACAUUCCUUCUUCCUGUUGACAACUUUUCCAGGUGUUCUUCCAGCUUGAUGAGAGGAGCAGCUGCCUUUGGGGGAAGGGCAUCACGUGACACGUGCUAGCUCCAGAAACUAGGAUGCUUUGCAUCGAGAUGAAAGCAAACUCAAAGUUUGUUUGGCUCUUUCAAAAUAAAGUUACUCUCCAAAGCUCACUCCCGCCUGAGCUUUUACUUGUUCGAUCUACACCGGAAGUAGGCGUGUCGUUGUGUACCUUGAUACGAGUCGUCCCUGCAGCGCGAGCGGCUCAGCUGUUUGAAAGUUUAACGUUUUCGAUCGAAAACGGACGACCCAAAAGAACUUUUUGUCUUUCUUCCCUUUUUCCUCUUGUCCUUGCUUUUUUUUGAGCUCGCAUUGACAAUGUCUCUGCUGACGGAGCUGGUUCUCCUGGUCUUGGGUCUCUAUCCGAACCUGCACCCGUGCCGGCCUCUCAGCAACCAACUGCCCGGCCUGGCGACCAACGGUACCGACGUGGUGGCGGGCUGCGGGCCGUGCCAAGCGGACCUGUGCCCGGAGACCCGCGGCUGCCGAGCCGGACUGGUUCCGGACCCAUGUGGCUGCUGUGAAGAGUGCGGCAACCUGGAGGGUCAGGCCUGCGACCUUGGAGACCGCAAUGUGUUCUUUGGGCUCUGCGGAACCGGACUGCGGUGCCAAGUGGACCCCCGUCCAGCGGGAGGAGGAGAUGAGGAGGAGGAGGAGGAGGAGGAAGAGCAGGUGUGCGUGUGCGAGGAGCGCGAGCCCGUGUGCGGAAGUGACGGCGUGACGUAUGCAAACAUGUGCCAUUUCAGAGAGGCUGCCUUCUCCAGGCCUCAACUUCACACCCAAGGGGCGGGGCCCUGCGAGACAGUUCCGGUCAUCAAGGUGGGCCCUCAGAGUCAGGUGAAAGGUACCGGCAGCAGUCUGGUGUUCCUCUGCGAGGUCUUCGCCUUCCCCAUGGCAUCCAUCGAGUGGAGGAAGGACGGCCGGGAUGACGUCGUCCUGCCAGGGGACGACCCCCACGUCUCUGUCCAGUCCAGGGGCGGUCCUCUCAGGUUUGAGCUCUCCAGUUGGCUGCAGAUUGAAGGGGCGGAGCCACAAGACUCAGGGACCUAUCGCUGCAUCGCCCGCAACAGCCUCGGCACCGCCUGCGCUUCCGCCGUGCUGGGCGUGUUGUGAGCAGAGGAGCUGGCGUCCUACUUGGCCAAUCACGUGGCCGUCAUCAAACAGCUGAAUGACGCCGCUGACUAAGACCACGACUUCUACUGAUGCCACUUCCUGCCAAGACUCAACUUUGACCCGCGCAGUGAAAGGUUGCCUUUUCUUUUU